AUGGCCACCCUUAACUCAUCCUCUACCACUGGCACCACCCCCACCCCUGGACACAAUGCCCCGUCUCCGCCUCCGGACACCUCCCCCCCUGGCACCCCCGCUGAUCCUGUCACCAAAGAUCCCCCUGCUGCCCCCUCCACCUCUGAGAGCAUGAGGCCCUCAGAGCCAGGGGGACAGGCCCUGGAGUCGGGCUGUGGCCUCGUCCCACCAAAGGAGACUGGGGAGCCCCGAGAAGAGGCUGGCUGUGGUGGCUUCUCACCAAAGGACCUAGGAGUGCAAGAGGACAAGGAGCAGGAGGAGGAAGGAGGAGGGUUCCCUCCCGUGGACCUAAGCAACCAUUUAUUCUUCACAGCUGGUGGUGAGGCCUACCUAGUAGCCAAGCUGUCCCUGUCAGGUGGCAGUGAACUCCUGUUACCAAAGGGCUUCCCCUGGGGCGAGGUGGGAAUCAAGGAGGAGCCCAGCUUGCCCCUCCUUGCCCACCUACCCUCUGCACACCUCACUGCCCUUCACAUCCAACAUGGCUUUGACCCAAUCCAAGGCUUUAGCUCUUCUGACCAAAUUCUGUCCCAUGAUACCUCAGCGCCAUCUCCGGCCACCUGUGAGGGAAGGGAUGGAGCCUUCUGGAGCUACCAGCUGGCUCCAAACCCACCCGGAGAUCCCAAAGAUGGCCCUAUGGGGAGCAGGGGAGGAGACCACAGGGCACUCUUCUGGCUCUGCCUCCUGUGCCGCCUGGGUUUCAGCAGGGCCCAGGCCUUUAUGGGUCACACACAGUCUCAUGGGGUGAAGCUAACCCCUGCUCAACAUCUGGGCCUGCCCAGUAAUGCAGCUGUGCUUCAGGUGGGAGAUGAGGGCCGCAUGGCCCUCCUAAGCUUUCUGGAACCAAAACCACCUGCUCGCCCCCCUUUAGAAAUGCCCCUUGAUAAUAGCAGCAUGGUGAACACAGAGGCCAAUGUAGCCCAGACUGAGGAUGGUCCCCCUGAGGCAGAAGCUCCUGUCCUGCCUGCGGAAGAAGUCAGGGCACUUAGCCCACCCUCCCCCGCAACAACUCCCGCCACCUGGGACCCCAGCCCAACCCAAGCCAAAGAAUCGCCAAUGGCAGCUGGCGAGGCAGGGCCAGAUUGGUUCCCGGAGGGGCAAGAAGAGGAGGGAGGGCUCUGCCCCCCACUGAACCAAAGCUCACCUGCCUCUAAGGAGGGGGGCACUCUCUCUGCCCCAGUCGGCUCCCCCGAAGACCCCAGCGACCCACCCCAGCCCUACCGCCUAGCUGAAGACUACACCCCAGCCCCUGCGGCCUUCCAGGGCCUCAGCCUGUCCAGCCACAUGUCUCUGUUACACUCUCGAAACUCCUGCAAGACGCUCAAGUGUCCCAAGUGCAACUGGCACUACAAGUACCAGCAGACACUGGACGUGCACAUGCGGGAAAAGCACCCUGAGAGCAAUAGCCACUGCAGCUACUGCAGCGCCGGGGGCGCCCACCCCCGCCUCGCCCGUGGAGAGAGCUACAACUGUGGCUACAAGCCCUACCGCUGCGAUGUCUGCAACUACUCCACCACCACCAAGGGCAACCUCAGCAUCCACAUGCAGUCUGACAAGCACCUGGCCAACCUGCAGGGCUUCCAGGCAGGCCCCGGUGGGCAGGGCAGCCCCCCGGAGGCGCCACUCCCAUCCUCUGCCGGGGACAAGGAGCCCAAGACCAAAUCAUCCUGGCAGUGCAAGGUGUGCAGCUACGAGACCAACAUCUCCCGCAACCUGCGCAUCCACAUGACCUCUGAGAAGCACAUGCAGAAUGUCCUCAUGCUGCACCAGGGGCUGCCGCUGGGCCUGCCGCCUGGACUGGUAGGGCCGGGGCCCCCUCCCCCGGCAGGAGCUGCCCCUGCCACCCCCCCUGAGCUCUUCCAGUACUUCGGACCGCAGGCCCUGGGGCAGCCUCAGGCUCCCUUGCCUGGCCCCGGGCUGAGGCCAGACAAGCCCCUGGAAGCCCAGCUGCUUCUCAACGGCUUCCACCACCUCGGAGCGCCUGCUCGCAAGUUCCCCCCACCAGCCCCUGGCAGCCUCUCCCCGGACACCCACCUGCCUCCAAGUCAGCUCCUGGGUUCCUUGUCUGACAGCCUGCCCACCUCACCACCCCCAGAUGACAGCCCGUCCCUGAAGGUGUUCCGCUGCCUAGUGUGCCAGGCCUUCAGCACAGACAACCUGGAGCUGCUGCUCUACCACUGCAGCGUGGGCCGAAGCCUCCCGGAGGCUGAAUGGAAGGAGGUGGCCGGUGACACCCACCGCUGCAAGCUCUGCUGCUAUGGCACUCAGCUCAAGGCCAACUUUCAACUCCACCUCAAGACUGACAAACAUGCUCAAAAGUACCAGCUGGCAGCCCACCUGAGGGAGGGGGGUGGGGCCGUGGGCACCCCCUCCCCAGUGCCCCUGGGAGAUGGGGCUCCUUAUGGCUCCGUUCCCCCCUUGCACCUGCGCUGCAACAUCUGUGACUUUGAGUCCAACAGCAAGGAGAAGAUGCAGCUGCACGCCCGGGGCGCAGCCCAUGAAGAAAAUAGCCAGAUCUAUAAGUUUUUGCUGGAGAUGGAGGGGGCCGCGGCAGGGGCUGAGCUGGGGCUGUUCCGCUGCCUGCUGUGUGCAUGGGAGACCCCCUCCCGCCUGGCUGUGCUGCAGCACCUACGUGCACCGGCCCACCGCGACGCCCAGGCCCAGCGGCGUCUGCAGCUGCUGCAGAGUGGCCCCGCAGCCGAGGAAGGGCUCUCGGCUCUUCAGAGCAUCCUGAGCUUCAGCCAUGGGCAGCUCCGGACUCCCGGGAAGCCUCCUGUCACCCCCUUAGCUGAGCUGCCCACCCCUGAAAAAGACGCUCAGAACAAGACAGAGCAAUUGGCUUCUGAAGAGGUCGAGAACAAGUCUGGCUCUCGAGGAGACAGUGCCAACCAGACCACGGUAUUCUGCUGUCCAUACUGCAGCUUCCUGAGCCCUGAGCCCGAACAGGUGAGGGCUCACACCCUCUCCCAGCAUGCAGUGCAGCCCAAGUACAGGUGUCCGCUGUGCCAGGAGCAGCUGGUGGGCCGACCUGCCUUGCACUUCCACCUUAGCCACCUUCACAAUGUGGUGCCCGAGUGCGUUGAGAAGCUGCUGCUUGUGGCAACAACUGUAGAGAUGACCUUUACGACCAAAGUGCUGCCUGGGCCCACUCUAUGCCCACUGGGGGAUGCCCCAGAGCCCCCUGCUCCGGGGCCAGAGCCUGAACCCAGCAGAGAACAAGGAGCAGAAGGCCCUCAGCUGACCCCAGAAGCCAGUCCUGAUCCUCUUCCUGAGCCUCCCCCGCCCUUAGCUGAGGCCCCAGACAAGCCCCCAGGAAGCCCUGAUCAACCCCCUUCUCCAGCCCCAUCGCCAGCCUCUCGGCCUGAUGUCCUGGUGGAAGAAUUGGCCCCUCCACCCACCAUGGCUGAGGAGGAAGAGGGGCGUGUGGGGGAGCCCCGCCCUGCAGAGCCAGCUCCAUCUGACUCUCGCCACCCUCUGACCUAUCGGAAGACCACCAACUUUGCCCUGGACAAGUUUCUUGACCCUGCCCGGCCCUAUAAGUGCACUGUGUGUAAGGAGUCCUUCACACAGAAGAAUAUCCUUCUGGUCCAUUACAACUCUGUCUCCCACCUGCACAAGAUGAAGAAGGCUGCCAUUGACCCGUCCGGCGCUGCCCGAGGAGAGGCAGGUGCUGCGCCUCCCACUGCUGCUGCCACAGACAAGCCCUUUAAGUGCACUGUCUGCCGAGUCUCCUACAACCAGAGCUCCACCCUAGAGAUCCAUAUGCGCUCAGUUCUGCACCAGACUCGCUCUCGGGGGACCAAGACUGACGCCAAGGCCGAGGGGCCAGAGCGUGGCCAAGAAGAGCCCAAGGAGGGUGAGACUGAGGGGGAGACUGGCACAGAGAAGAAGGGCCCUGACCCUGGUGGCUUCGUAUCUGGGUUGCCCUUCCUGUCGCCUCCCCCACCCCCCUUGGACCUACACCGAUUCCCAGCACCCCUCUUCACCCCACCAGUCUUGCCCCCCUUCCCUCUGGUGCCAGAAUCACUGCUUAAGCUCCAGCAGCAACAGCUGCUCCUGCCCUUCUACCUCCAUGACCUCAAGGUGGGGCCCAAGCUGGCAUUGGCUGGGCCCACACCCCUGCUGUCUCUGCCAGCUGCCACUCCUCCUCCCCCGCCCUCUAAGGCUGAGCUGGCUGAGCGGGAGUGGGAGCGGCCUCCCAUGGCGGAAGAGGGGAAUGAGGCGGGGCCCGCCUCGCCCCCCAACUCCACGCCCAAUGAAGCAGCCCGCACUGCAGCCAAAGCCCUUCUAGAAAACUUUGGCUUUGAGCUGGUGAUCCAGUACAACGAGGGGAAGCAGGCUGUGCCCCCUCCCCCGACCCCACCCCCACCAGAGGCCCUGGGGGGUGGAGACAAGCUGGCCUGUGGGGCCUGUGGGAAACUCUUCUCCAAUAUGCUUAUCCUCAAGACACAUGAGGAGCAUGUCCACCGCCGAUUUCUGCCCUUUGAGGCCCUGAGCCGUUAUGCUGCUCAGUUUCGAAAGAGCUACGAUAGCCUAUACCCACCCCCUGCAGAGCCCCCCAAACCUCCUGAUGGGUCCCUGGAUUCACCAGCUCCCCAACUGGGCCCUCCCUUCCUGGUCCCAGAGUCUGAGGCAGGGGGGGCCCGUCCCUCUGAGGAGCGAAGCCGGGCAGGAGGACGCUGGCCACCAGAGGAGGAAGAAAGCUCCAGAGGGAAUCUGCCUCCCCUACUGCCUGCAGGCCGCAGGUUCUCCAGAACCAAGUUCACAGAGUUCCAGACCCAAGCCCUACAGUCUUUCUUCGAGACCAGUGCCUACCCCAAGGACGGAGAAGUGGAGCGGCUUGCAAGUCUCUUGGGCCUGGCUACCCGUGUGGUGGUAGUGUGGUUCCAGAAUGCCCGCCAGAAAGCACGCAAAAAUGCCAUCGAGGGGGGGCCUGUGCCGACCGGAGGGGGCAGCGGGGGAGCCUCUGGCUGCAGGCGCUGCCAUGCCACCUUCUCUUGUGUUUUUGAGUUGGUGCGGCACCUCAAGAAAUGCUAUGAUGACCAGCCCCCUGAAGAGGAAGAGGAAGAGGCAGAGAGGGGGGAAGAAGAAGAAGAGGUAGAGGAGGAGGAUGCAGAGGAGGAACAGAGCCUGGAACCCCCCGCACGCCCCGGGGGCCCGUCACCUGAACCUGCAGACAGGGAAGAGCUGAGCCAAGCAGAGGCAACAAACCCAGGAGGCAAAGAGCCUGAAGGGAGGGCCCCUCCCUCGCCUUCCCCAGUCCACGCUUGUGACCAGUGCACCAUGUCUUUCCCCAGCCAAGACCUCCUGACCAGUCACCGCCGGCUACACUUCAUGCCAUCCCUGCAGCCCGGUGCUGCACCCCACCUCCUAGAUCUGCCAUUGCUGGUGUUUGGGGAGCGAAGCCCCCUGGUGGCAGGUGCUCCACAGGCCCCAGGGCCACUGCUGAAACGGAAGCAUGAGGAGGGCAGCCUGUCCCCAACGGGCAGUGAGGCAGGGGGUGGAGGGGAGGGCGAGCCCCCCAGGGACAAGCGCCUACGUACCACCAUCCUGCCCGAGCAGCUGGAGAUCCUGUACCGUUGGUACAUGCAAGACUCCAACCCAACGCGCAAGAUGCUCGACUGCAUCUCCGAGGAGGUGGGACUCAAAAAGCGGGUGGUGCAGGUCUGGUUCCAGAACACCAGGGCCCGGGAGAGGAAAGGCCAGUUUCGAAGCACCCCUGGUGGGGUGCCCAAUCCAGCAGUCAAGCCCCCCAUCACUCCUGCCCCUGCAGCCUUCCCCAAGUUCAACCUCUUGUUGGGCAAGGUAGAUGAUGGAUCUGGGAGGGAAGCCCCAAAGCGGGAAGCACCUGCUUUUCCCUACCCACCAGUUACUCCUGCUGCCGGGCCCCUUGCUUUCCUACCACCUGGGAAGGAGGCCACCACCCCAACACCAGAGCCACCUCUACCUCUCCCACCUCCCCCUCCACCCAGUGAGGAAGAGGCUACAGAGGAACCUUCUAAAGCUUCACCAGAGAGCGAGGCUUGCAGUCCAUCUGCAGGGGAUCUCAGCGAUUCGUCUGCUUCCAGUCUGGCCGAACCAGAGUCUCCUGGGGCUGGGGGAAGCAGUGGAGGAACAGGAAGUGGGGUCGGGGUUCCAGAUGGAAUGGGGCAGCGGCGCUACAGGACCCAGAUGAGCAGCCUGCAGUUGAAGAUCAUGAAAGCCUGUUAUGAAGCCUACCGUACCCCAACCAUGCAGGAGUGCGAGGUGCUGGGGGAGGAGAUUGGGCUGCCCAAGAGAGUCAUCCAGGUCUGGUUCCAGAAUGCUCGUGCCAAGGAAAAGAAGGCCAAACUGCAGGGGGCGGCAGUUGGUGGGGCUGGGGGCAACGGUGAGGGCCCCUUGGGAGCCCAGCGCACCGACUGCCCCUACUGUGACGUCAAGUAUGAUUUCUAUGUCUCCUGCCGAGGCCAUCUCUUUUCCCGCCAGCACCUGGCCAAGCUCAAAGAGGCAGUCCGAGCCCAGCUGAAGAGUGAAAGCAAGUGCUACGAGUUGGCCCCAGCACCUGAGGCACCCCCAGCUCCCAAGGCCCCACCGGCCACCACACCUGCCUCUGUGCCCCUUGGAGCUGGCCCAGCCCUGCCUCGCCUGGCCCCGGUCCUCUUGUCUGGUCCAGCUCUGGCCCAACCCCCGCUGGGCAGCCUAGCUCCUUUCAAUUCAGGCCCUGCAGCCUCCUCGGGCCUCCUGGGCCUCGCCACUUCAGUCCUGCCUGCUACCACAGUGGUCCAGACUGCUGGCCCAGGCUGCCCCUUACCUCAGAGACCUGUGCCCGAACAAACUAACAACUCCACAGCAGGCACCACUGACCCUGCCCCAGGCCCCCCUACUGAGCCCUCCGGGGACAAGGUCUCUGGUGAGCGCAAGCCAGUUGCAGCGCCCACCAACUCCUCCACUGACGCCCUCAAGAACCUCAAAGCACUGAAGGCUACAGUCCCAGCCCUGUUGGGGGGCCAAUUUCUGCCCUUCCCAUUGCCCCCCGCAGGGGGGGCAACACCACCAGCUGUCUUUGGCCCCCAGUUACAGGGGGCCUACUUCCAACAGCUCUAUGGGAUGAAGAAGGGGCUAUUUCCCAUGAACCCCGUGAUACCUCAGACCCUCAUCGGACUGCUCCCCAAUGCCCUCCUCCAGCCACCACCCCAGCCCCCUGAGCCCACAGCCACAGCACCUCCAAAGCCGCCCGAACUGCCUGCUCCAGGGGAGGGGGAGGCCGGGGAGGCGGAUGAGCUGCUGUCAGGCAGUACCGGCAUCUCCACCGUGGAUGUGACCCACCGCUAUCUGUGCCGCCAGUGCAAGAUGGCAUUUGAUGGGGAGGCCCCGGCCACGGCUCAUCAGAGAUCCUUCUGCUUCUUUGGGCGGGGCUCAGGGGGUUCUGUGCCCCCCCCGCUGCGGGUGCCCAUCUGCACCUACCAUUGCCUGGCAUGUGAGGUGCUGCUGAGUGGGCACGAAGCCCUGGCCUCCCACCUGCGCUCCUCGGCCCACAGGCGCAAGGCGGCCCCAACCCCAGGGGGCCCACCCAUCACCGUCACCAACGCCGCCACUGCCGCCACGGCUGCCGUGGCUUUUGCCAAAGAGGAAGCAAGAUUACCUCACACGGACUCCAACCCAAAAACUACUACUACCUCUACACUUCUAGCUUUAUAA